AUGGAGGAGAGCAGCCUUGUCCCUCUGAUGCCAGGUUUUCAGAUUCUGGGAAGGCUGAGAGACAGAGAGAAAGCUCUGAGGGAUGGGAUGGAUCUGCAUCAGAAGGAAUCUGACCCCAUUAUUUCUGGAUUAACCUUUACCUUCUGCCUCAUCCUGAAGGAUGAAUACCACAGGAUUAUGUCUCCAAAGCUCCAAAGGCCAAUACUGGCAGUUUCUGUGGACACAGAGGCAGAACUCCUAGCACAACAUUUGGUCCUCUGCACCCCACAAGGAAAACUAGCCAGCAAGAAGUCCUGGGUACAAGGGGCAACUGGUAUGAGCCAGUAUUCAUGGACUACCUGAAGAACAGUAGAUUUGGGAACGGGCCGGGUAUCCCACUCCUUUAUGGUAAUACCAGAAUGCCCUUACCCGCUGUUAGGAUGGGACUUACUGACCAAGAUUGGAGCUCAGAUAACUUUCAGACAAGGGGAGCCUCAGGUCUCCGAUGGCAAGGGCCACCCCAUCCAGGUCCUGACCAUGAAACUGGAGGAUGAAUACCACCUCCACCAGGAGGCGCUCCUGAGAGAGGAUAAUAUAGACAGAUGGCUACAAGAAUUCCCCUCAGUUUGGGCAGAGACGGGGGGGAUGGGACUAGCCACUCACAGGACCCCAGUCCUGGUAGAGCUCAAGCCAGGAGAGAGUCUGGUAAGGAUCAAACAAUACCCCAUGUCUCAGGAGGCCCGGAAGGGGAUCCAGCCACACAUCCGGAGACUACGAAGCCUAGGGGUACUAGUUCCUUGCCAGUCUGCCUGGAACACCCCCCUACUGCCGGUCAAAAAGCCUCACACAAAUGACUACCGACCGGUACAAGACCUCUGGGAAGUAAAUAAGAGGGUCGCGGACAUACACCAAACUGUUCCCAACCCAUAUACUCUCUUGAGCUCCUUGGCACCCUCCAGGGUCUGGUAUACUGUACUAGAUUUAAAGGACGCCUUCUUCAGUCUGCCGCUGGCACCCCAGAGCCAACCUUUGUUUGCCUUUGAGUGGCAUGAUCUGGAGGAGGGCUACAGUGGGCAACUCACCUGGACACGGCUAUCUCAGAGAUUCAAAAAUUCACCCACCAUCUUCGAUGAGGCACUACACGAGGAUCUGGGUGAGUACAGAAGGGAGCACCCUGGCAUCACCCUUCUACAGUAUGCGGGUGCAGCGGUGGUCACCGAAACGGACACCGUAUGGGCGGAGGCUCUACCCUCCGGAACGUCAGCCCAGCGAGCAGAGCUCAUAGCCCUCACCAAGGCGCUGAUGCUGGGAGCUGGAAAACGGCUUAACAUCCACACAGACAGCCAUUAUGCAUUUGCCACAGCUCAUAUUCAUGGGAACUUCGUCACGCGAUGGGCCAUCAGGCGGGACCAAGACAACCCGCUCAAGCUCAAGCUACAGUCCAUUUGA